CGCUGUUGUAACACAAUUUAAAAUACCCGUCCCGUAAUUGCAUGGAAGAUUCUUACAAGAUUCCAGUUUCAAAUGCAAGCUAAUUUUAUUAAAUUAAUGAGUGUGUUGUCGUCAGUUGUGCAGGGUUAGCAAUGGCGAGAGGUCGACUUGCUUGUGUGUUUGCGCUGAGUCUUCUGGGGAACGCUUUAUGCGUUCCUGUGGACGUGCCAAGACAUAGGAGAGAAUACAAUGACAAUGAGCUGGAUUCUAAUGAAACUUCGCGGAGUGAUUUGUUGAACACAGAUCACUCAGUAGAUGAGGCUUCAGUUGCGCCCAUCAACCCGGCGGCCACCCUCCCACCAGUCACCAACACCUAUGAAGACAAACGGAAAGAGUUCCAAGCAGCAAACUCCCUCGAUGACGAUGAUGAUGAUUUCCCCGAGAUGCAGACCGCGUCGACAGGAGGCGGUGGCAGCAACAUCAUCAGUUUGUUGAACUUGGUGAAUGGGCUGUUCCCGUCAUCUGGAGGCGCUAACUUUCAGAGAAUACUUCGCAAUAUGCUUCGAGAGUAUAUAAGACGUUACCCACAACCACUGCUCCUACCUCAAAACAAAUUGAUACGAAGAGAAGGAAUCUUUGAUAAUGAAAUUGACAUUGACGACACGUUCGACUUGAGACCACCUCCUUUCCAAAGGCAAGAAAGCGAUGAGAACGGUUCCAAAAGCGAUAGCAGUGUAUCAGAAACGAAGGAGUCAGAUGAAAGUAAGAAAAGUCAAGAGGAAUCUGACGAACAUGAUUCUGAGGAAAGCAGUGAAUCUGACGAAAAUGAUGGUGGAGAAAGUUUAGAAGACGAUGACGAUGAUAAUAAUGGGGACAAUAAUGCCUCUCAGCAAGACGAGGAUUCUAAGCCGGCGUCAGAUGUAAAUGGAGAUGAUAGUAAUGGCGAUAACGAUUCUGAUUAUGAUGACGAUGAGCCGCCGGGAGGCGGGGAUGGGCAAGGCGGCGGUAUUUUGGGAAUACUGGCUGGGUUGAGCGGCGAUAACGGCGAGUCAGAUCUGGGAUCUUUACUGGCGACAGUCAGUGGUAUUGUGGUGAAUCUCAGUGGCGACGGUAUAGAUCUGAACAGUCUCAUCGCGUCCGGGAUAGGAUUGUUCGUGGGCCUGUUAUCAGAGGGCGAAGAGAACCCGGGCACUAUAAUAGCGCAGUAUCUUUUGACGUCUCUGGAGACUAUCACUGGAGGUGGCGCGCAAAAUAACGGAGCAUUCUUUGGAAAAUUCUUAUCUAAACUAAUAAGCGGAACUAGUGCGGGCGAGGCCCCCGAGGGCGCCUCAGACGAGAGCGGAGAGCAGCAGGGCCCGAAAGACUCCGCCGGGUUCAUAGCAAGCCUGCUCAUGGGGCUCUCAGCAGACAUGUCUAAAACCAGCUCGGUUGGAAGCUCUAAAUGGUGA